AUGACGAUAGCAACGAUAAAAAACCGAAGCAGUGAAAGUACUGUGAUUCUCAAGAAAAAUAGUACAAAUGAUGGUGGCAAGAAUUAUACCCUUGCCGCUUUGGAUAAGAAGAAAGCUGCGAAGAUGAGCCAGGCGCUUCGCAAAGUAAAUAAGGUGUAUAAGAAGCGCAAGGAAGACCAAAGUCCUGAAAAGAAAGUUAUUGCUUGGUUCAAUACAACCAAACCUAUUCGUCGCACCAAGAAAUGA